GCUGCCUGCGGCGCCGCCGCUGCCCUGGGCGCCGGGACGCGGCGGGUCCCUCCCCCGGAGCCGCCCAGGCACCUCCCUCGGGCCGCCGCGGUGACUCACGACGGAGGAGGAGGAGGAGGAGGCGGCGGCUCCGCUCCGCUCCGCUCCGCUCCGCUGCUCUCGCCCGCCCGUGCCGAGCGCGCCCCGCCGCCGCCCGAGCCGCCGGAGCGCCGGGGCCGCCGGCCCCGCACCAGGGCACUUCCCUCCUACAUUUUUCCCAGCUCCAGUCUCUGAUCAGGACUGCACACGUGGAUUAUCUGAUCUCCUGUGGUUUCUAGAAGCAGGAAAUCCAGGAGCUGGCAGGAGGGGAAUGAACCGUGAGGGCGUCCCCGGAAAGAGUCCGGAGGAGAUGUACAUUCAGCAGAAAGUGAGAGUGCUGCUCAUGCUCAGGAAGAUGGGAUCAAACCUGACGGCCAGCGAGGAGGAGUUCCUGCGCACGUACGCGGGGGUGGUGAACAGCCAGCUGAGCCAGCUGCCCCAGCACUCCAUCGACCAGGGUGCUGAGGAUGUUGUGAUGGCAUUUUCCAGGUCAGAGACAGAAGACAGAAGACAGUAACUACAGGACACCUGAACAACACAGAACUGGAGAGGACAGUGAGAUUCCUGAAGAUAGAGGAGGAUGGCUGAGCAUUAAUAAGUUCCUCUGCCCACCCUAAUUGUUCCUUGGUAUUCCUUCUCCUUUGUAAUGUUGUUUCCCUUUGCCCAACCCUCAGAAUGCAUCUCACAGCCAUCUAUUCCUGUCAGAUUUUGCAACUCAGCCGGGCUGUGUUCAUUAAGGACAAACCUAAAGGUGUGGUUGGCUCGAAGGGACAGGCUGUGGUUGGAUAAAGGAAGGCAAUUUUUCAAACUUGACCAAUGGAAACCUUUUAUCUCACGUUUUAUUUUAUAUUUUAAACAAAGUCUCCUGACAUCCUACUUCUAAAGAAGCUUUUCAUGCUGUGGUGCUUAUUUAGGUCAAACUUGUGAAUUUGAAGAGGGUUUGAUUUGGCUGCAUAGAACUGGAAGCAACUUGUGAUUGGGUGACAAUGCAAAAGCUUUCCCUUCAGCUGGCUUGCAGGUAUUUUGCUGACUCCAACGUUUUCAUUGCAGGAAGCUGAUGUUUUGGUGCAUUGGUUAUUUCUUCAUACUUACUGACUUGGGGGGGAAAAGACAAAUGUGCUUUGCAAUAUUUAUUACAUCUACACACAUAUAAACGCUUGCUUUUGGGGGGUUGUUUUGGUUUUUUGAUUGGCUUUGAAGUCAUGGUUUGAUUUCCUUUUGGCUGCAGUGUUUCUGAUGCAAUCAGUUUUUCCAUACUCAGCUGCUCUCUGGCCUGGAGCUCUUUUGGGAGCAUGUGUCAAAGCAGAUUUGGUUCAAGAAGUCCACCUGGCCGGGCUGGAGGCCGAGGAUGCCCAGCCCUGGUGGGCACUGGGGCUGUGCCCGAGCCCUGGCACUCCUGGCUGCCCGGGGGCUUCUCUCUGCUUCCCACAGAGGGGCUGGAGGUGGAAUUCUUGCAGGAAUUGCAAGAAUGAGAUCUAAGGCUGUGACACGAAUUUGCCAAAUUUGUAUAGAGAAUAUGUGAACUUGUUUAAAAUACUGCAGAGUUCCACUUUAACCCUUUGACUGCUGCACAAGAAUAGCUCUCACAUUAGGAACAAUUAAUGAUCAUUAACUUAAAUCCAGCUUGUGCUGGGCUUUAAUAAACUGAAGUUUCUAGUCACUUGAAAAAUUGUACAUGAUUUCCCUCCUCGCAGCUGUUGGGUGAUAGGGAAAUUCUCUGGGUCCUAGGAUAAGAGCAUGUUCCUGAGGCACUGUUCCAGGAGGCAGCAGUGCUGCAUUAGGCUGUCCAGCACUGAGUGUACAGGGGACACUCUCAGCUUCACUCUCUGUAGCUGCAGGGCCUUAAAACACACACAGACCUUGACAGACUGAAAAACCUGCAGUGGAAUUCCCGAGGUGCACUGACUGUUCAGGAAUCUGCACAAAGUCUCCAGCACUGCUGCCUAAAACCAAGCAAUUCAUUUUCUCUCAUGUGUGCAGGUGGUUUUUACAAAACUUCUGGAUUUUGCUGUGGGUUGCACUGACUUCAAGAUGUUUCAGAAUCUAUUAAAGCUGAACUCAAUUUAACUGUUCCUGGUUCUUUUCCUAUGGUUGUUAAUUAUUUACAGUGACAAUUCUAGAAUCUAACUGUGAGAACAUGACCAUUUUCAUGGCCAGAAGUUCUGCUGACAGGAUGCUGUUGUGGUCUCGAAAUGGGGGAAAAGCUGGAGAAAAACCAUGGACUGUCUGCAAAAGGAAGAAUAGACUUGUGAGCACAAGGAAGAAAUUAUCUUGAGCAAAUAAAUACUGUGUAAUGAGAGCAACUGUACAUCUAUUUAUGAAAAUACUCCUUUUAAUUCAGUUGCAGCUUUGUAAAGUUCUAUGUGAAAGUAAAUCUUUUACCCCUUUUUGUUGGGGCCAGAUAAGAAAUUUCUUUAUUAAAAUAAACCAGGAAUGAGCCCAGAGGAUUCUCUAGAUUUUGACUUGGUUGCCUAAGAAGCACUUUGAUGUGAAUUUGGUGCAGAGGGGGGCAGCCCUCACGGUGUUAACUGAGGGGGUCCCUGUGACUCUGGCUGCUCUGUGGUGGCCUCCCAGUGCUGACAUUCAUCCUCCCUGGCUAUCCAUGGCACUCCUCAGCAGCUAAGAAGGAAAGUGAACUGUUUGUGGUUUAAUCUUUUCACUAAAAAUGUAACUGUUGGGGAGGGGGGGGAAAUACAGUUUUUAAUAUCUA